AUGCCUAAAUCAAAGGAACUUGUUUCUUCGAGCUCUUCAGGCAGUGAUUCUGACAGCGAAGUUGAAAAAAAGUUAAAGAGGAAAAAGCAAGUUGUUCCAGAGAAACCUGUGAAGAAGCAAAAGCCUGGUGAGAGUUCUAGAGCGCUGGCAUCCUCCAAGCAGAGUAGCAGCAGCAGAGAUGAUAACAUGUUCCAGAUUGGAAAGAUGAGAUAUGUCAGUGUUCAGGACUUUAAAGGAAAAAUUCUAAUUGAUAUUAGAGAAUAUUGGAUGGACUCAGAAGGUGAAAUGAAACCAGGGAGAAAAGGUAUUUCUUUAAACAUGGAACAAUGGAGCCAGCUGAAGGAACAGAUCUCUGACAUAGAUGAUGCAGUAAGAAAGCUGUAAAGCCUGAGCCAUAGCAAGCCUGUACUGUCAUAGCUGUUUUACUCCGUCUUUUCACAUUGGCUUUCGUUUUCUAAAUGUUGUUUUCCACGCUGUUGUAUAUUUGGAUUGCAGAACAAUUUGUAAGACAAAUACUUUUUUUAAUGUGCAUUAUUAAAAUGUUCUAA